UGACGUCUUGUUCCAAAUGUCAAUGUCAUGUAAUGCUUUGGAGUUUGGCUAGUAAUUAUUUCGAGUAAAUUAUUUUUAAAGAAUUACUGUUUUAUGAAAAACCAAAGCCAAAAAUGUUGAUCACACCUCUCCUGUUUACGAUACUAGUCACUCUAAUUAGUGGUAUUUUUUCCAAAAGUGUAGAACUUACAUUUGAAUUACCCGAUAAUGCCGUCGAAUGUUUUUACCAAGAAAUCGAGCAAAAUACAUCUGCUUCGUUGGAAUACCAGGUAAUAACAGGAGGGCAGUAUGAUGUGGAUGUGAAAGUUGAAGGCCCAAACAAACAAAUAAUAUAUCAACAACAAAAAAUGCAAUAUGAUUCCCAUCCCUUCACAGCCCAACACACAGGAGUGUACAAAGUCUGCUUCAGCAAUGAAUUCAGUACAUUUUCACACAAACUUGUAUAUAUGGAGCUAAAUGUGGGGCCCGAGCAGCCACUGCCUGGUAUUGGAGAACAUGCCACAGUACUCACACAGCUUGAGACUUCAGCAGAUGAAAUUCAUUCAGCCUUAAACAGAAUCAUUGAUCAUCAAACUCACCACAGGCUGAAAGAGGCUCAAGGGCGCAAAGCAGCUGAACAUCUAAACGAGAGAGUGCUAUGGUGGUCGACAUUCGAAACUAUAGCUAUAGUUUGUGUUGCAUUUGCACAAAUUUUGAUCUUAAAGAACUUCUUUAGCGAUAGACCAACUUUAUAUAAUAAAAUGUAAUAGUGAAUGUUAAAUAGUAUAUAUUAAUAUAUUCCAUGGGAUAAUA